GAUCAUUUUACAAUUUAGUACUUCGAGGUAGAUUUGGACAUUUGGAUCUUUGAAAGCUCCAAGCUGCGAGAUCUAAGCUGAUGAACUCUGCAACUGCGCGAUACAGAUAAAUCAAUAGAAUCUUUCGACAUCGCCAAAUAUGCCUCCAGUACCACAACCUCAAGGUCAUCCCGGUGGCCAAACUGUCUGGAAUAAGCUCCAGAUGGGAGCUAUGAUGGGUGGCACUGUCGGCGCCAUUUUGGGGUUUAUGUAUGGCACACUUACUAUCAUUAAAUUUGGUCCUGGACCAAAUGGAGUCUGGAGGACUCUGCGCACAUACAUGCUCACUUCCGGGUCCACUUUCGGAUUUUUCAUGGCCAUUGGCAGUACCAUCCGUUCAGAUAGUAUCGCAUCUCCAGAAACGUUGGCAGCAUUCGGCCGUGCGAACCGACGUCCUCUGAUUAUGAAUCGUCCAUGUCGUCCUUCGCGAACAUCAUAAUCAAAAACGCUCUAUUGGAGUUGGAAGGGGAAGCCCAUCUAUCUUUGGGGAAGAUGGAACGGGGCGAAUGCUUUGUAAUUCAAAGUAUAUGUUUAUACAUAAAGGGCAGAGAAAUUUCAGUUGUUGAUCUUCGGGUCUCGCCGCUCAACUCUUUGCAUAGGGGUGGAGUUUAAUGGGGGGCAAUCUGUAUCAACAAAGCCUCGCCCAGCGUUUUUCUUUUACUCGAGCCUCCUGAUGAGCUCAAUUCAACAAUAAACGAAUCUUACUACUUUAUCAUUGGUUCAUCGGUGUCAUGAAAGCUCGAAUUCAGUGUUGUGGCA